GCAGGACCCGCUCUCUACUACCCUUCCAUUUUCAAUUUCAUUUCUUCUCUGCAUUUUCAAUUACUCUCUGUUUAAGCUCAAAACCAAAAUGUCUUUCACAGCCUCUAGGGUUUUCAAGGGCUGCAGAGCUCUCUUAGCCCCGGCUAAGUCCGCUGCUGCAGCGGCAACGCCAACGCCAGCGGCGCCUAAAACGACGGCUACUAAGAAAACUACUGCUGCAGCAGCGGCGAAACCGAAGGUUAAGCGGGAAAAACCGGUGAGAUUGUCGGGGAUAUUAAAGCCCAUGCCGGUUUCACCUGUGCUGCGUGAGUUUCUUGGUGGAGUUCCCGAAGCUUCUCGUACUGAUGCUGUUAAGAAAAUCUGGGCUCAUAUCAAACUUCACAAUCUUCAGAACCCCACAAACAAGAAGGAGAUAUUUUGUGAUGAGAAGCUGAAGUCCAUAUUUGAUGGGAAGGAGAAAGUUGGGUUCCUGGAGAUAGGGAAAUUGCUUACUCAACAUUUUGUGAAAGCUACUUGACUUGCAUUGUAAGACACUGGAUUUUUGUUGAUCGGCCUCUCAAUCUUUGCUUAUGUUGAUAUUUUGCUUUUGUUUGAGAGAGAAAAUCUUGUGGGAUUAUCUUACAACUUAACGAGGAAAUCUUGUGAAAAUUAGCUAGGGAAAAAGGAUUUGCAUUCUAAUGUGUUUUAUGAUAUCAAGUUCUUAUUUUCCGUGAUC